AUAAUGUAUAGCCGUGUCCCUCCCCUCCCUAGAGCAGGUUGGUGCAGAACAAGAUUCUCUAGUCUCACUGCUAAUCCGACAUGCUUGUUACUGGUAGUGUCUCACCUACAGAGCUGCCUGUGAGGGAAGCGACGACCCACAGAACCAGCGGCCAUGGGAACCUGCCGGUGUAGCUGGAUUAUUGGAACCAUGGGCCUCCUAGAGAUGUCAGUGGUGAUGGUUUGCACCUCUGUGACUUUAGCAGCCAAGCUUCCCACUCCAAGUAACAUUUACAUGAAAUCCUCCAACAUGAAGCACUGCCUGUAUUGGGAUCCCAUCUUAAAUGCCGAAGGAACUGUGAAAUAUUCAGUUCAAGUUCAAGGGGAGUAUGAGCGCCAUUAUAAAAGCCAGCACUGGACUAAUGUAGAUAGCUGCCAGUCCAUCACUGCUCACUGGUGCAACGUGACUGAGGAAAUCGCCUCUACUGUACAGUAUGAACUGCGGGUGCGAGCAGAGCUGGGAAGCCAAAAUUCCGACUGGGCAAAGCUAGAGACACCCUUCAAUAGGAAUACAAGUGUCCUUACUCCUCCAGCAAUUAAAUUCCACUCCACAGGGCCACUACUGACACUGGAAACCGAAUACUUUGGGCCACAGUUUAUUUUUUUUGUCUUUUAUUGGAAGAAAGGACAUAAGGACAAGGUGGUCAGUAAGAAGAUGUACAGAGGGGCUACAAUCUUCCACCUGGAAAAAGCAGAAGGAGGGCAUGAAUACUGUGCCCAGGUGAUUGCAUAUGCCGUGCCCAUCAAGAGAAACAGUAGUAGGAGUGAUGUCGUGUGUGCAGCAGCAAAGGCAGGAUCAGAACUGUCCACUUUAACUGUUGGCUUCAUAUCCCUCUUUGGUGUCAUCGUUGGGCUGGUGAUUCUGCUUGCUUUACUGAGGAACGUGGCCCUCAUCAUGCGGUAUUCAUGCUUCCCACACGGAAAGAUCCCUAAAACACUGAUGGAGCCCUUCUCCUCCCAGAAGAUGACUCGGCCUCACUUCUUAGAGGACUGUGAGAAGAUCACCAGCAGUGAACCCAGCAAUAAAAUCCCAUAUACAAUUAUAAGGCAGGACUGCAGUACCAAAAUACAAAUACUGUGACCUGGCUCAGCCAUGGAGACGUGACAAGGCCCAGUUCUUAUCCUGUGUAUCACAGACACUUCACUUCAGCGCUGCCUGAAUUACAGGAUUCACACAAUGUUCAUCUACUUCUGUUACUUCAGUGUAAUCCUGAGGCACCUUGUGUUGUAUUCAAGAUUUAAAUAUGAAGGAUUUCCCAUAUUCAGGCCGGACUGAAUAUACCUGAGACUUGGGUGAAAUAAACAUUGUUUAUGUUCUCUAUUGUUUACAAGACCCCAGAUAUGGAUAAGUUACCCAGUCUACUAAGCUGGUCUUAUCUACUUAGAACAACAUAGCGAAGGCUCCUCAAUGAGACCACUGCUACAGUCACUGCUUUUGGGGGGCAGCUGUUACCUUCAGGGGGAGGAUAAAGACCUAUGGGGAUAAACUCCUGGCCGACUGCAUACUGAAUGGUUCUUACAGUAUGAACCACUGUGAGCCAAUGGGGUGCAAUCACUUAUCUAGACAUAGUGUGAAAAGGGCAACAUUGUGAAAACAAAUGGAUUAUUCUCUUGAUGCAACAGCACUUGUGCUUCAUCACUAAGUAGGCGCAGUUGCAGCAAAUAUUUUUUAUUGGUGGUGUUGGGUAUGCAAGUGAUAUGUGCCACAAUUGUUUCCCUGCAAGAGAGCUGCACCUAUUGCCUAUUGGACCUGGUCAGGAAGUGGCGGUAGCUCCUGGGUUCCCCUGUGCCGAAUGGAAGGACGGAGCGGUGCCAAGUGCAACUGUACAGAAGUACAAAAAGCAUAUUUUGCUGAAAGUGGUUUUAGGCACAAAUGGCUGUGGGUAAUGGCGCAAGUUGCCCACUGUCCCUGCUGUGCUUGUGGAUGUAAAUGAGCCCUAACGGCUUGUGUGAUUAUUUCCAAGUGGUUGGAUUCUUUCUUGUGACUUCUGACCUCAGCAUGCCAGGUUCAGUGAAUUUAUCAUACCUGAUAUAACCAGGCAAUACUUGGUGUGGUUCCUGGGAUUGUUAUACACAUGAUGGCUACUGUAAUUACACACUCGCAGAACUGCUUUUAAAUUGUUCGAGGGCUCCUGAGCUCUCCAAAAUAAAAGUGAUUCUUAAUACAAAUCAUUUAUGCUCCAGAUGUACAAAUCUCAGGAUCCCCCAUGAUGCCUAAGGGAAGCUAUCCUGCACUUUAGUAACGGCUUUGGUUUACUUGCAGUCUAUGAGCUCCACUGGUUUAUUAGAUAAUGCAUAUUAUGCAUUGGGUCUAAAAGUUCUAUGAUGACAAAUUCAUCAUUUUAUGGCAAACUCAAAAAUAUUCAAAGUUAACCCUUAACAUGCCCGAUGCUUUUUAGCAGAUAUUCUACUAGACUUAGAUCUGCCAUAAGUGGGGUGGGGGUAACAUUUAUAGCCCAGUAACCUAUGUAGCUGCACUGACAAUUUUGCACAUUCCCCCUUGUAUUAAUGCAUAUUUGGUGUUACUGGCCCUCUGUAAUACUUCAUAACAAUGGUGGGGAGAAUGGACCUGAUGACUUUUAUGACUUUUAGCUGUAGGUGUUUGGGUGAUCCUUCUCUUUGGUCUAAAAAAGAAGGACUAACACCCCUGAGAAUUUGGAAUAGGCUGAACCUGUUUAUUGAGCAGAGGUAUGUAAAUCUGUCCCUUUAAAUCCCUACAUCUAAAUACUUGUGAGAUCCUGCAAAUAUAUGAAGGUUUUUGUUUGUGCCACAUGUCCCUGUGAAAAAGAACACAUGAAAGACUGUUGCUGUUUCCUCAAACUAUCAUAAGUCUGAUUUGUCUGUUUAAUUGCACUAGUGACUGAGCCACACUUACACUGCUGCUUUAUAUACACAGUAAUUAGGUCUGACCCUUAUUGGAGGCUCCAUACACUGCUCAGAAAGUGUCACUUUUUUAAUGUUGCCUGUACUUAUCAAUAAUGGCCAUAAGAGGGCAGUAGAGGAUUGAAUUCUGUAUGUACAACAACUUAUUCUGCUCGGUAACGGUUGGGAGAAAAGUUGUGAGUGACUGCAGACGGCUGUGUCUAAGGACGUGCAAUAUAUAUAUUUGUUUCUGUAUAUGAUAUAUAUCAUCAAAUAUAAAGUUCACCAUAAAGUCACCAGUCAGCACAACAAGGUAAAAAUCAACUUCCAAAUGAUCAUGUUAAAUAGAUAAAUGGAAGUUGGGCGUCACUUAUAUUCAGAGUUCUCAAUGUAUGUAUGUAUGUAUAUCUUUAUUUAUAAAGUGCUACUUAUGUACGCAGCGCUGUAUAGUAGAAUACAGCAUGUAAUAAAGUAUUUGAGACUAUACUUAAGUAUGGGAAAUAAACCCCCAGAUAUACAGCCA